UUUUUUUUUCCUUCUUCUCUUCAACGGCUCGAGUCGCGUUCAACUUCCUUUUCGUCCUUUCUCAUAAGACCUUGCCUUUCCCUCCUGCCUUUUUACAAUUGAUAUUGGUAAUUGACAUUUGCGAUUUCAAUCAUUCACUUUUUUAAUCGCAUCGUAAACCCUCAGUCGCACAAAUUUUGUUCAAUCAUCUAACCGUCCCAUCAAUUCAUAAUGACGAUUCUGCCUAUCGCCCUCUAUGGGCUUGAGGUCCCGGCGCAGGGCCUUCUGGUUCCUGCCAUGACAGAGGAUGGUGUUCCUGGUGCCGCUUAUCGCAUUACCAUGGCCGCUCUCGACCCGACUGAGGCGCCCGAAGCUGACGAAGAGGGUAACAUCCCCGCCGUCCCUCGUGCUACUCUAAAACUCAUUCGCCGCGCGCCCACCCUCGACGAUGAAAUGGACGAUGAAUAUCUUGAUGAACUGAUGGGCGGCUCGUCUGACGAAGAUGAUGACGACGACGACGACGAGCCUAACGGUGGUCCUAGCGACCCGGCCAAGUCGAAGAAAGCUCGACAGGCUGCUGCCUUGCAGAAACUCAUCCAGGCUGCCCAGGAAGAAGAGGACUCCGAUGAGGAGAUGGGCGAUGCCAAGCCUAACGGCGUCAAGGCUAGCAAGAAGGGCAAGAAGGGCAAGGAGCCUGCUACAUCUAGUGAUGACGAGGAUGAUGAUGAGAGCGACGGCUCUGAGGGAUCGGAAGUUGAGGAGUUUGUUGUGUGCACCCUCGAUACUGAACGCAACUACCAGCAGCCCCUCGACAUCACCAUUGGUCCUGAUGAGGAAGUAUUCUUCAGGGUCAAGGGUACCCACACCAUUCACUUGACUGGCAACUACCUCAUUGACACUGAAGAGCCUACCUCUUCCGACGAAGAGGACGAGGAGGAUGAUUAUGAUUAUGAUAUGGAAGACAUGGAGGAGUACGACACCGACGACUCGGAAGUAGACGAGCUAGAUGGUCUCCAGGACCCUCGCAUCACGGAGAUAGACUCCGAGGAGGAGGAAGCCCCCAAAUUGGUAAAAGCUGAGGCUAAGAAGGGCAAGAACAAACGUCCUGCCGAAGACGAGACGGAGGGUCUUGAUGAACUGAUGGCUAAGGCCGAAGAGACCAAGCUUAGCAAGAAGCAGCAAAAAAAGCUGAAGAACAACAAGGGCGAGGCGAUUGCCGCCAAAGAGGAGGCCAAGGCCGAAUCGAAAGAUGCCUCUAAGGGAGACAAGAAGGUGCAAUUCGCCAAGAACCUUGAGCAAGGCCCCACAGGCUCGGCCGCCGCAGAAAAGGGAGCUACCCUCGGCGUCAAGGUUGUUCAGGGUGUCACCGUCGACGAUCGCAAGCUCGGCUCUGGUCGCGUUGUCAAGAAGGGUAACAAGGUCGAGGUCCGAUACAUCGGCAAGCUUCAGAACGGCAAGGUCUUCGAUGCCAACAAGAAGGGAAAGCCCUUUAGCUUCUCGGUAGGCAAAGGAGAGGUCAUCAAGGGAUGGGAUAUUGGUGUUCAGGGCAUGUCCGUAGGUGGCGAGCGUCGCCUCACGAUCCCGGCCAACCUCGCCUACGGCAGCAAAGGCCAGCCAGGCAUCCCCGCAAACAGCACCUUGAUCUUCGACAUCAAGUUGUUGGCGAUCAAAUGAUCGUAGCGUCUGCCGAAUAAUUCUCCUUAUAAUCUCCUUAUUUCCUGAUACCAUCCUGGUUGGUUGUACUCUAUUAUUGGCCGAUUCGGUCAAGUCUGCGUGCGAUAUGAGCUGUCGUCGGUUUUCCUACUCAUGCGCUGUGUGGUCUCCGACCUGCGCAGGUCUGCUGGGAUCUGGCGUCAUUCGGACGCGGGAAGCAGAUGUUGUCAUAAGGGAUGACGAGGUCUGCAUUGCAUCAAUGGCGUAAAAAGUGCAGGGGGGUUGGUUAUACUCUCGUAUAAAUGAAUCUGCGGCUGUCUGUCGGUAGUUACAAUACCAACAAUCAAGCCAAAGUUAGUAAAUUAGAUAUGUUCUAUAACUACCUACCUAAAUCGUGUGACUGUGAUACGUCUUGAGAAGGACACGAGUGUUUUUGGUUCAGGUAUAAGGAGACAAGUGGCUCUAUCCUAGUAGGUUCAUAUUCGACUUGUUGGUAAGCGCGGAGUGAUGAGACAAAGAGAAGUUGAAGCUACAGUUGAGGGUUGGUCGUUCUACCCCUAUUUCAACAAGGUUGGACGAAGGUAAGAAGUAUACACGUGUAAGGAAGCUACCCCUUUCCUUACAUGCUUGCUAG